CAGUAGUGGAGAAGAAGAAGAAGGAGGAGAAGGAGAAGGAGAAAGAGAAAGAGUGGGGAACCUCAGAAUGUGUCUGUUCCCGACGCGCGUGUAAGCCCGGCGGCGCGCCGGAUCAUGUCCGAGGAUGUCGGUUUCUGGGACUCUCAACUACUACGUGGACUCCCUGAUCAACCACGACGCUGAGGAGCUGUCGGCCCCCCCGCGCUUCACCACGGCCCCGUACUCCGGUCCCAGCCCCGCGGGCGCGGGCGCAGGGGCGAGCGGGAGGCAGCCCGUCGGCGCGACGCACGCGGAUCACCCGCAUCCAGAGCCGUUCCCGUCCUGCAGCUUCCAGCCCAAACCCCCGGUGUUCUCCUCAUCCUGGAGCCCCUUCAGCCCGCACCACGGGGCCGUGUACCCCCCGUACAUCCCGGCGCAGCACGUGCCCGCCGCGGACACGCGCUACCUGCGCUCCUGGCUGGACUGCGCCCCGCGCGACCCGGACUCCGUGCCGGGUCAGAACCAGGGCGGGCAGGUGAAGCUGGAGCCGCAGCUGGGCCACCAGGGCGGGGACGCCCCCACCUACAUCCUGGACGGAGUCUCCGCGGCCGCGGCGCGGGAGCUGCCGGUCCCGGGACGCGGGUUCGAGGAGAGUCCGGACGUGUGCGAGGGGGACGAGAAGGACGGCCCGGAUCAGAAUGACCCCUCAGCUAACUGGCUGCAUGCACGCUCAUCCAGGAAGAAGAGGUGUCCGUACACCAAAUACCAGACCCUGGAGCUGGAGAAGGAGUUCCUCUUCAACAUGUACCUCACCCGGGACCGGCGGCAUGAGGUGGCGCGUGCGCUGAACCUGACAGAGAGGCAGGUGAAGAUCUGGUUCCAGAACCGGAGGAUGAAGAUGAAGAAGCAGAGCAAGGACCAGAACAAGGAGUAGUGGGACUCACACACAGACACACACAUACACAAACACACAACCUGACGCACACAGCAGAUGUUGUCUGGACCUCUGGGCGCUCGCACGUGACCCCUCGGACCAGUCAUGUGACAAACUGACCACAUUUAUAGACUCUUUUCUAGUCUGGUUGAACAUGCAACACUGACACAUAUGAACGCACAUGUCGGGCAGCGGGACCAUGAAGAGCGGGGAGCCAGAAACCUCCUGAAGAGGACGGCAUUGGAGAGCCGUUUCCGGCUUAUCUCAGCCUGGAGUAACGGAGGACCGGCAGCACCUCCUCCUCUCUUCUGGACCAGGACCCUGUGAAAAACUCUUCUAAGAUGGACUGAUCAGGUUUUAAGUGAAUCGGAUGUGAUGUUGGGGUGCAUCAUGGGUGAUUGAGGGCAUCAACAGGGCAAGGAGGCAUCAGAGUGCCCUGAUGUUGGAACAAAAGAUAAAAUAAGAAAGGAGAACAUUUUCUUAUUUUUUGAGCACUUCCAUGAUUAUUACUGUUUUAUUUAGGGAUGAAGAUCUGAUAUCAAUAUAUGACAUUGUCUGACUAACUGGAUCGGGUGCAGAUCCAUGAGGGCGAUCACCUGACUUCAACUUUAUAUGUGCCACACUUCUCACACCUCUAUGGCAAAACAAAGUAUGUGAGCCCCUUGGAAUUAACAUCAUUUUUGCAUUAAUUUUCCAUAAAAUAUGACCUUAUCUGCAGCUUUCGUAAUGGACAAACACAAUAUUCUUAAAGGGAUAACAUACUAAUUAUUACAGGUUCUCUGUCUACGCUGAGCACUUUUCCCACCAGCACUGAGAAUGUUUAAAGCAGCACAAAGGAACUGUUGGCAGUUUCCAGCUCAGUGCGUCUCUGUAGGAACAUAGAGGUUAAAUCACAUGGCUGUCUGAGUUGCUCUCUCAGCCCUGCUCCUCCUCCAUCAUUGGGAGGUGUCCCGUUAACCUCGGAGGAUGGAAGUCAGAGCAGGGCUGAGGUGACCACGCUCCAGCUGCACAGCAGAGACGUCAGAGCUGUUCUCCCCCAGGUCUGCUGGACUCCCGGCUGUCUUCAGGUGACAUCCACCUGGACAGACCACCAGUCCAUCACAGACCCACACGUCUAGGGGCGGUUCCCCAAACUAAUAUGCAUCUUUUAGGACGGAGGGAACCAGAGUCCCUUAGAGAAAAAACGUUCAACCUCCACCCAGACAGGAUCUGAAGCAGGGACUUUCUAGCUGCCAGGCAACAGUGCUGACCACCACCACACCAUGCUGGCUAUACAGAUAUAAAUCCAAAAGUACUGAACUUAUAUCUGAUUUAAUGUGGAUAUAAUAAUACAGAACUGUUAUAAAUAAAACAAUAAAACAAUAAAAGAGCGUUAACUUUGUCGAUGCUAGUGGCAGCCUUGUUGAGACUGCAGCAAAGGUCAAGUUUCUCCAACUUUCUGAGUUGGAAUUUCAGUUGAAACUCCCCGCUGGGAACUUUGGAAAUCCCGACUUAAGGUUAAAACUGAAAUGCAUGGUUGGUGAGGUCUCCUGUGGCAUCAUGUCCACUGCAGCUCAGCGGGUCAGUUUCACGGAUGGGGAUGUGUGACCUAGUAAAAGCAUCUGCAGUCAUCACAGGAGGCCACUAGGAUGACGAUCCAGAGCUACUUUGGCUGUUUUUUUUCCUCGAGGAAGACGAGAGCUGCACAACAUGUGCAUGAAUUAUUCAUUCAAAUGAAAUUGAAGCUGAUUUUAAUAUGAAAACAACUCCUGUGUGUUGCUUUAAUGAGUUUUUUCAGUAACAACAGAGUGAUGAUAAUAGUUUGUGUUAUCAGCUUAAACGCACUUUUAUAGCGACUAAAGACAUUUUAUGAUAAAUUAAUGUAGAAAACCAGUCAAAGGCUUUGAAGGAGACGUUGAAAAACCAUUUAGAAUCGGUAAAAUUAUUAAAUGGAAAAAGUAGUCCAACCCAUUUCCUCCACAGCUGCCUCUGCUUCAUGCAGCAGCGUUGAGGGGUCGUUGUGUCAGCCUCCAUAGACUCUGAAUGGAGUGACGUCAUGCAUUGCAAACAUGAGUCGUGGGUCGCCUGCGUGAAUCCAGACUGUUCCAUGAAGACAAGCUUGACAGCUGCGCCAGAGGUCCAGUGGCUUCACUGUGGUAGCUCACAACAGUUGGAUUUGUAUUUAUUUAAUAGUGUGAGAGGAUCUAAUUUGUUUUUGGCAAGGGUGUGUGACGAGAGUCUCAGGUAGAUAAUCUUCAGAAAAAUAGUUCUAACCUAACCAUUAAUUCCAAGGGGUUCACUACUUUCCAUGUCGCUCUGUUUGAUCAUUAUUGACAGUAUAGGCUACAUUUGCGUUAUGGAGUUGAUUGGCUGAAAAGAUUAUUGUCCCAUUUUUGCGCUGAAACCAAGAACCCAUGGGGCAGUCUGGGGUGGGGCGGGGGGUGAAUCCCGACUGUCCUCAGGUCUGUUUUUCCUUCUUCAUUUUAGUUGAUUCUCUCAUUUAUGUCGCCUGGAAACGCUUCCACGGCCACGCAGCACCCACUGUUCGUUUCCCGUUUGCGGGUCUGAUGAGGCCGGAAGGCGGCUGAGGGAGGUGUAAGCAGCACCUGAGGUUUGAUCAUACUGGUGUGGGUGGGUCCCCGUUGGCCACCCGUGUCAGGACAGACCUGCAUGCAGGAGAUCCGGACCAAUCAAAGUCACCUCCACCACUGAAAUUGAAGUUUCGAGCAUCCAGCUGCAUCCGAGCACAAAUCUGCUCCAUCCGCGGAGACUGGA